CAUGCAAUGCAAUAUACUAUUUCAAGGUUCAGAGUCACCACAAUUCUGCCAUGUGCCAGGUACCGAUAUGUAAACUGCCCUCCACCUACUGGAUGAUUACCUGAACAUUUGAAUGCGUUUUCUCCUAACUCAUUCCAUGGUACGGAAGCUGCCGCCCUGGUGAUCCCCCGCUAACCCCACCUCUCAUCGAGCUGCACCGAAGCUCCGAGACCCAAACAUCAAUAUGUCUUCAACAACCGCGACAACAACAUCACACACGGCCAAAUCCCAUAUCAAGACCCGAUUCCUUAUUAUUUCUGACACUCACUCCUCGGAUCCGAAACAAAAUGACCGGAAUGACGCUCCCUUCCGCUCACCGUUGCCAAAAGCAGACGUCCUCCUGCAUUGCGGCGACCUGACGAUGAUCGGCCUCAUUGACGAAUACGAACGCACCCUGGACAUGCUGGGCAGCAUCGAUGCAGAUCUUAAGCUCGUUAUUGCUGGAAACCACGAUAUCAGUCUCGAUGAGACGUACUACAAGAGAAAGGGCGCAAAUAUGCAAGGAAUACGGUACAAUGAAGACAUGCCGCGUCAGGCCAGGGAGCUUUGGACCGGUGCAAGAGCUAAGAAGGCUGGGGUCACGUAUCUAGAAGAGGGUACGCAUAGCUUCGCACUGAAGAAUGGCGCCAGGCUGGGCGUGUAUGCUAGCCCGUACCAGCCUGAGUUCUGCGACUAUGCAUUCCCCUACCAGCGCAAUGAGGAUCGCUAUAAUCUCUCGCACCAGUGCUCACCGGGCGCCACGCCUAUCGCAGAGAACCCUGUGCCGGAUUGGCAACAAUUCGAGGGCAUUGAUGUAGUUAUGACGCACGGCCCACCGAUGGGCGUUCUUGACGUUGUUCGGAACGGUGAGCACGUUGGAUGUGAACACCUUCUCAGAGCUAUGAGGAGGUGCAAACCGAUGUUACACUGCUUUGGGCAUAUCCACGAGGGCUGGGGUGCACAGAAGGUGCAAUGGAAGGAUGGGGAUGAGCUCGAUGUCAGGAAGCCAAUGGAUCAUAUCAAGGACACAACGUCAGUCGAAGUGGACGAUCAGCGAAUGAGGGAUGAGCGAGCAGUUCAUGUCGAUAUCAGCACUGGCGGAGACGAUGCGGUCGUGUUUGGGCACGAGACAUUGAUGGUCAACGCGAGUAUCAUGAACCUCGCGUACUAUCCGGUGCAGGGACCGUGGCUGGUGGACAUGGAUCUUGAGAGGGCGUCUGACCCUUGAGCUAUCCGCAAGCAACUACCGGUGAGGGCACCAAUCUGAAUGAUCGUACGUCGACAAUCAGCAACGACUGGCAUGGCACUCAGUCCCUACUCACGUACACCAAUCAAAAGUCUUCAGCGUCUCUCAUACGUCUUUUCUUUGGACGCGAAACAUCACUUAUCGACAAAGCC